AUGCCGGAUCGCUUUAACCUGCAAAUAUCGUAUUCAAUUGAAUUGGUUUUACAGGAUUCUAAGGGUGAUCGUAUACAUGCUACAAUCGAAAAGUAUGUUCUUAAGUUUUUUAGGAACAAGAUACAUGAACUUCGCUUAUAUCGUAUGAACUACUUUGUAGUCGGACCAAAUAAUUUGAAGUUGAGGACUACGACACACAACCUGAGGCUGACAUUUACUCAAAAGACAUUUGUUGAGGAAACAAAUGAUCCUUCAUUUCAUAUGAACAUGUUUAACUUGCGCCCUUUUGACCAACUAACAAAUCAACAUGAUGUCGAUGAGACAGAAUUACUCGAUGUUGUUGGUCAGGUUGUGACCUAUGAAGAUGUUAAGACCUACAAGCAGGGAGACGACCAAAGUGUCCUUAUUAAUGUUGUACUCGAAGAUGAUCAGAGGAACAGGAUUAUGGCAACAUUAUGGAGCGAACUUGUGGAUCAAAUUCAACAUCACUUGAAUGAAUCUGCCAAUGAGCCUUUGAUUGUUGUUUUGCAGCAUAUGAAACCUCAAAAAUAUCGAGAUUACUUGCAGCACGUCAAUCAAACAUUGAACGAAUCACUUGAACAAGUUCUCAGCAAAGAAUCCAGCUAUUGGAUUGCGGCAAAAUUGGUUAAUUUGGAACUUGACCGGGGAUGGUCAUACUUGGCAUGCAACAAGUGUAGUCGAAAGGUGGAAAAAGUUGGAAAUAAAUACUUUUGUGCCAAAUGCAAUGAAGAAGAAUCUUCUGUUACUCACAGGUAUAGGCUUCAAGUUCGUGUUAUGGAUGGAACCGCUUUUAUCUCAUUGUUGCUUUGGAAUCGCGAAGCUAUGCAACUUAUAGGGAAGUCCGCAAAAGAACUUAAGGAAAGAUUAUUUGAGGAAUUCCAUAGUUUUUUGCAUGGUACAAGCUCAAGUGGAGAUAAGCUUUUCGGGUAA